AUGAAUCCUGAUGAUCAACGUACAAGUUGUCCAGGUUUUUUGGAUGAAUUUGGUGUAUGGAAUAAUGGUUUUGAAUGUCCACCAUUAACUGGUCAAAUUCGUAUAUGCUGUGAAUCAGAAUCACGUCGUUAUUGUUGUACAUUAGAUAAUUUUCAUAAAACUUCUUCGCCAUCAUCUUCUUUUAAUUUAUUAAAUUCUCUGGGAAAAAAUUCUUAUUCAACUGUGGAAUCAUCUUUACUUUUAAAUGAAACCAAAUCUUCAACAAUUCUAACAUUACCUAUAAUUUUAAUAUGUUUUGUUAUAUUAAUAAUUACUUUCUUAUUAAUUUUCUUAAGUAUAUGUUUUUGGUAUCGUUACCAAAAUCGAAAUAGUCAAAGAAAACAACAAGAAAAUUUAUCAACAAAAACAAAUUUACUUAUUGAUCAUUUUCCAUUUUCACCUCCACAUCAUCAAUUCUUUCUAAAUGAUAAUAAUAGUUUACUUUUUAAUAAUAAAUCUUCACUUAUACAUCAACAAACAAGAGAUACAUUAACAACAACGACCAUAGCUCCAUCAUCAACAACAAGUACAUCAUCAACAUCAGGUCGUAUACCAUCCGAUAUUUAUUAUAAUGAUUGGAAAGAUUUUCUUAUUGCUGCUGAUCAACCCAUGAAUGUAUAUCCAACAAUGUCAUCUCAUAGUAUUGAAUUAAAUAAUGAUCAACAAUAUCAAUUAUAUUAUGGUAAACGUCAACAAAAUGAUGUUAUUGUAUAA